UUAUUCGGUUGUUAGUCAUCAAAAUGUAUAAAAUGCAAAGUGUAACCGAAAACAACUUUAGUUUAGCGAGUGUACGUGAGAGAAUCGCAUAUUUUUAAAGAAGAAAGAUGCUUCAUGGAUCAAUACAACAAUUUUUAUGUGUCGCACUUUGGAUCAUAAGUAAAACACAUGCUAAGAUGUAUGAAAGAUGUGGGUUUUUGGAAGAAUUAAUUUAUAGUUUCCAAUUAUCUUUUGAAGAGGCGAGUAUUUGGACUUGCAUCGCAGGACAAACAAAUUAUAAUACAGCUGCUAUGGGAAAUUCAAAAACUCCAGGUUUACAACAUUUUGGUAUAUUUCAAAUCAAUAAAGCGUAUUGUAUUUAUAAACCUGGAAAUAGGACGGCUUGCAGAGUAAGUUGUCAAAAUUUAAUAGAUAAUGAUAUAACGGAUGACUUUUUAUGUGCUCGAAAUCAUAUAUAUUCACAUUACUAUAAAAUAUCUGGUGAUGGAUUCAAUGCUUGGCCAAUUUAUACGAAAUACUGUAAAUCAAAUUGGAGAAGAUUCGUGAUUGGAUGCAAUUUGAAACCAAAAAUUGAAGUGUUUUUGAACAGAGCUUACAAAUAUAAAAUCAAUAAGAAAAAUCUUAAUACAAAUGCAGCAAAAAUAUACAAUACCUGUGAACUGGCAAAUGAGCUUUUGUACAAACAUCAUAUAGCUGCAGAUCAAAUUGCGACUUUUGUGUGCAUAGCUCAACAUGAGUCUGGACUUAAUACUUCUGCUAAGAAUUUAAGCGAUGGAGAUUAUGGGCUUUUUCAAAUAAAUGAAUAUUGGUGUGGUCGUACCUCUCGUGGAAAAGGAUGUGGUAUAUCUUGUUCCAAUCUUUUAGAUAGUAAUAUAUAUGACGACGUAAAAUGUAUGAAGAAAAUAUUCGAUGAAUAUACAAAACUCCUUGGAAAUGGAUAUAAAGCCUGGGCAGUUUACGAAAUUUAUUGUAAUAAAAAAAACAUUUCGUCGUAUACCAAUGAUUGUUUUAAAAAAGGAUUGAAAGCACCAGAGGAGCAUCUUUUAGUUGUGUAUAAGCGACCAUAUACAAUGUCGACUUUAAAGUAUUUUUGCUGUGUUUUUUUUCUAAUUUGUUUAAAAGAUGAAGGAAAUGCAAAAGUAUUCGAGAGAUGUGAACUAGCGCGAUACUUAGAAAGGAACUUUAGAUUAUCAAGCUUUGAGGCUGCAAUGUUUACUUGUAUUGCUGAACGACAAUCUAGCUUAAAUUCAAGGGCUUUGGGAUCCUCUUGGGAUGCAAACUUUCAUGGAAUAUUUCAAUUAAGUGAUGCGUAUUGGUGCACGGCACAGGGAAAAAUCGGUAAAGUUUGUGGAGAUGUUUGCGAUAAAUUUAGAGAUGACGAUAUAAACGACGACUUUAUAUGCGCUCGUUUCUAUGCAUAUGAAGAGCAUCGAAAGCUUUCAGGAGAUGGAUACAGUGCAUGGCCUUCAAGUUUUUAUUGCAAAGCAAAUGUUCAUGAAUAUUUAUUGUGCUUGAACUAUUCUAAUCAAAUUAACCCUGAGAAACCUAAUAAAAAAAAAUCAAUAACAUCUCACAAAAUAUAUAAUAAUUGUGAGCUCGCUCAAGAUUUAGUUUACAAGCACGAUAUACCAAGGAAUCAAGUUGCAACUUGGGUUUGCAUUGCAUAUCAUGAAUCCAGAUACAAUACUUCUGCUGUAGGUCAUUUGAACUGGGAUGGAAGUGGGGAUCACGGAUUAUUUCAAAUUAGUGACCUUUAUUGGUGUGGUCCAGGAAAAGCCUGUGGAGUAUCCUGUGACGAUUUGACAGAUGAAGAUAUUAGUGAUGACAUCCUUUGCGUAAAGCAAAUUUAUGCGGAACACAUGAAAUUGUCCGGAAAUGGGUUUUCAGCUUGGAGUGUUUAUCCCAAAUGCCGUGGAGAUGUAUCAAUAUAUGUCCGUGGAUGUUUUUCUGAAGACAUUAAUAAUUUGCAAACUCAUAGACCUAUCCCAAGACCGGGAAUUACUGCACCUCCAAAGCCUCUUAAAGUAAAAAUAAAAUCAAAUGGAAAAAUUUAUUCUAAAUGUGAGCUAGCACAAGAGCUUUAUUUUAAGCAUAAAUUUCCACUUAGUCAAAUAGGCACAUGGGUAUGCAUUGUGCAACAUGAAUCUAGUUUCAAUACGUCCGCAAUCGGUCGGUUAAAUUGGGAUGGAAGUGAGGACCACGGAUUAUUUCAGAUAAGUGAUAUAUAUUGGUGCGGAAAAGAAAAAGAUAAAAAAGCAUGCAAUUUGACUUGCGAUGAUUUAAAGAACAGUGAUAUUACGGAUGAUGUGAAAUGUGUUAAACAAAUUUACAACGAGCAUACGUUAAUAAGCGGCGAUGGAUUUAAUGCUUGGUCUGUAUAUUCGGAGAAUUGUAAAGGACGAACUAAAAAUUUCAUUGAUGAAUGUUUUGACAGUGUGAUGAAACCUCGCCUAAAUAAUUCUGAAGAGCAAAAAAAGACCAUAACUAAAAUUAUUAAAUCUACAAUAUCUAUAAGAACUACAAUCAAAGCGAAUAGAUUUGAGUCUACGAAACGACAUUUGAAUAAAUUUCAAACAACUACGAAAAAAAAUAUUUUCAACUUUUACCUAAAUGAUUUUGGAAAAACUUCUAAAAGGUUGCCUACAUUUAAGCCGUUUGAAUCUUUAGCAAAUUAUAGGAGAACUACACCAACAAAAAUAAAAAAUUCAAUAUCGUCAAAUAAAACGACAACCAAGAACAUAUCAACAACGUACAUUAAAAGUAGGGUAGUUAAUACACCUUUGGUAAAGCAAAUUCAACAAAACACUGAGAAUAAAAAGACUAUUGACUCAGAUUCCAAACCUCAAAAUGCUUAUGAAUAUUAUGUAAAAUAUGUUUUGGGGGGAAAAGUUGUUACUAUAGCACCUUAUGAUUUUGAUUACAUUAAAGGAUUGACAAAACCAACAUUAAAAAGGUUUUAA